AGCAGGGAGGGUUUUCUGUUUCCUUCCAUGGGAACCAUAACCUGCCAAUCAUUGGUUGCAGCAGAUAUUACAUACACAUUAUACUUGAUAAAACUGCAGACCUCUCUUUCACAUUCACACAACAACACAGAGUAAGCCACAUAUAACAGAUCUCGCACACAACAGCAGCAGUAACUAUACAACUCUACAGCAGGAUACACAGCUCAGCUAAACAACACGUUGGACAGGAUUUACAAGCAGAAAUUGCUUUGAAAUAUUUUGUCUGAUUCAUUUUUUUUUUUUUUUGGGAUCCAAACUCUUUCUUUGACACUUUGACAUUCAAGACAUGUCAAUAACACUAUUUUUACUAGUGAUCAUGUUGAACACAUCAGUAUGUAUAGACAUUACCUACCAUGUGAAAGAGGGUCAGAAUCCUGAUACUCUGGUAGGAAACAUUGCUGCUGAUGCACAUCUCUACAACAGCUUCAAUGCUGAAGACUUAAAUAUGAUUACAUUCAGCAGACUCCAUGAGAGUCUCAGUGGAAAUGCUCCAAUGUUCAAGGUUGGCAAAAACGGAAUGAUGUAUACUUCUCAAACGCUUGACGCUGAAUUACUUUGUAAAUACAACACAGAAUGUUUCAAAAUAGUGGAAGUAGCUGUUCGGCAUAAAGAAUCUUUUGUGAAGGUCAUUGAAGUAAAAGUUAUUAUUGAUGAUGUUAAUGAUCACCAGCCAGAAUUUAUAAGCAAAGAUGUCUAUAUUCAGUUCUAUGAAACUGAUAGCAGUGGAACAUCAAAAUCUAUUCCAAAUGCUAUUGACAAUGAUGUUGGAUUUCUAAAUUCUCAAAUUACAUACCAACUGAAGAAAGAUAUUAAUGAUCCAUUUACACUGUCAGUCAUCAAAAAGAUAGAUGGUACAAGAAAGCUAAGAAUAGUUUUAGAAAAGAAACUUGAUCGAGAGAUAAAUUCAACUUAUACACUUCAGGUGAUUGCUAAAGAUGGUGGCACUCCAUCAUACCAGGGUUUUUUAACCAUUCACGUAUCUGUCAAUGAUGAGAAUGACAAUCAACCAGUUUUCUCCAAAAACGUUUAUAAUGUCUCCAUUAAUAACAGACAAGACAUAUACACACCAAUUGUUACAGUAUAUGCUACAGAUUUAGAUUCGGGUGAAAAUGGAAAAGUUUCAUAUUAUUUCAGUUCAAAAACUUCUGAUUUUGCAAAAACAUUAUUUUACUUAAAUGAAACAUCAGGCAAGAUUUUCUUAGCUAGAAAUUUUCCAUCAAUAAAAAGAAAAACAUUUAAAUUAUUUAUUGAAGCCAUCGAUAAAGGAAGUCAACCCUUGAGCUCUACUGCAAUGGUUCUUGUGAAUAUAAUAAACAGAGAAAAUAAUGCCCCAAUUCUUGAUGUCAAGUUUGUCUCUGAGCCAAUAGGCAAUAUAACAACAAUUUCUGAAGGUGUCAAAACCAACAGUUUUAUUGCUUAUGUGAAAGUAAGUGACAAUGAUGUCAAUCAAAAUGGAGAAGUGGUAUGUGAUCUCAACCAUGAUAAACUACAGCUUCAAAAGCUUGGAAGAAAAAAAUACAAAGUUGUUUUAAAAAACCCUGUAGACAGGGAAUCAGAGAGCUAUAUUGAUUUUAUGAUUAGUUGUCAGGACAAAGGAUCGCCACCUCUCAGAACUGAGAGAAAGUUCAAUAUUCAAGUGACUGAUGUCAAUGAUGUACAGCCACAAUUCACAAAAGAUACAUUCAAAUUUCUCACAUAUGAAAACGAAAAAUCAAAUUUUCCAGUUGGUUUUAUUAAUGCCUCAGACCCAGACCUAGAAGCUGGAGGUCAACUUUCAUAUUUUCUCUUAAGUAAAGGAAUUCAUAAUCUUCCUUUUGAAAUUUCGAAUUUUGGAUUUAUUUCAACUUCAGAAUCAUUAGACCGAGAACAAAGAGAUGUUUAUAAGUUUCAAGUUUUAAUAAGAGACAAUGGGAUACCAUCUCUCAACAACACAGCUAAUAUCAUUGUGGAAGUUAUGGAUAAAAAUGACAAUGCUCCCUAUUUUACCUUUCCAAGUGUCAAUCCUUUUAGCCUAGAUGUUCACUACCAACCUCAAAGUAACAAUGAGGUGACAGUAUUGAGAGCUUCUGACAGAGACAGUCAUGUCAAUGCUUUCUUGAAAUAUGAAAUAGAAGGAGGCAACAACAAGCAGCUCUUUACAAUCAACCCUUAUACUGGUGUGAUAUCAUAUUCACGUACAGUUUAUCAAAAUGAUGCUGGAUCAUAUGAUCUUCAGUUAAUAGUCAAAGACAGUGGGACUCCUGUUUUGUCUGCAAAAACUAUUCUGUCUGUGGUAUUAACAGUCAGUAAUACAACAUCUAAGAUGUUUACAUCUGUUGAUAUAAAAUCUGACCACAAGAUACACAUUAACCUGGUGGUUAUCAUUGUUGUAGCAGCUGUGAUUAUAUCAGUUGCAAUUGUGAUUUCUAUGGCAGUAUGUAUGAUUCAUAAAAACAACCAAAGGAACAGCAGAUUUAAUGGAGGUUUAAACAAUCCCAAUAAGCUCUUUGAUGAAAGAAUUCAGUAUGAUGUUCCUGUUGCAAUGGUAACAGAGCAUGGUAACAGUAGACAUUCUCAAGCAAACUUAUUAAAAAGGGAGCCAGAAUCUGAAUACAAAUCAGUGCAUAGUCUGAAAGGACUGUCAUCAGUGAAGCACACCUACACCAUGGCACAGAGAUCACACCAGGAGGCUGCAGUGACAUCUGGUGUUAGUAAAGAACAUGAACUUAUGCUUAUACCUACUGACCAUUUCAAUAAAAUAUCAACUAUGUCUUCUGAUAGUGACAGUGGACAUGGAUGGAGUGAGAGAAAUACAGUACAUUACGAAACCUUACCAGGUUUCAAGCAUUGUCAAGAGGAUCAACAGCAACACAAAAGUAGGAGUUCUUUACCAUGGACAUCACACAAACCCAAGGAUAUUUCUACAAAACCUUCCUGUCAAGCAAUUGUUGAUCAAAAAAUUGUCUGCAAUGAUGUUAUUGAUCUUAAAUCCUUAAGAAUAAAAACUGCUAAUCUCCCAGAACCUUGGAAUUUACCAAUAAAAAAUAGCUUCUCUUCUUUCCCCAAACCCCUGCCAUCUGUACCUAAAGUACCAAAACCAUAAAAAUAACUUUAUUCCAUUCAUUAAGUUUUUUCUAACAAGAAACACCAAUGUUACACAUAGGUUCUUUUCAAAUAUAAAAUGUCAAUAUAAUUAACAGUAAACAUGUUUAACCCCCUCUAUAAUUAUUCUAAUUAUUGUAAAUAAGCAUGACUGCUGUGCUACAGAAAGAUACUGCACAAAUCAGAAUAUAUUUUAUAUAAUGUUCUAAUUAUUUCUACAUAAUUCUUCUAGGAAAAACAUUAACUUAGCUUCUGUGUAAUUACUGACAGUUGUAUUUUGCUUCAUGUUGUUGAUGUUUUUCUAGUUUAAUAAAAAAGAAAAGAAAUAAAAUAACCUUACUUUUAAAAGAGAAUUAGCUUUUUUAAUUUUAAAAUAUGAUACUCUGUAUUUUCCCAGAGUCAGCUAAUUAUCACAGAAUUGUUCCAUUAGUUUUGUUCAAACGCUUUAUUUUUAACCAAGAAAACUAUUUCAACUAUAUUACAUACAAUUGUUUGAAUGUUAAUGUUUAAACAGUACAAAGUGUUUUAUUUUAGACAAAUACUGUGAAAUUUCAGUGCAAAGUGGCAUGAGCACAAGAGACAAAAGCUGUAUAAGAUAUUUAAACAUAUUCGCAAAGACUUAUUGUAUAUAAAUCCUCAGUUGUAAAUAAACAAAAUUUAUUUACUAUA